AAUCCAGCGCUUUAUACUAUCAGAGAGAGCGAGAAGCACGGGCACGGCACGGGCCAUGGACAGAGGUCCAAGUAGGUCGCCAAUGUCGGCAGCCGGGCUAUGGGCGCUCGUGCUUUCGCUGGCGCUGAUGGCGCUCUCGCUGCCGCGGCCGGCGUCAGCCGCCGGCGGGUUCAGGUGCCGGCCCGGCGCCCGGCCCGUGGUGUUCAACUUCGGGGACUCCAACUCCGACACGGGCGGCAUGGCGGCCGCCAAAGGCUGGCACAUCACGCCGCCGGAGGGCCGCGCCUUCUUCCACCACCCCACCGGCCGCUUCUGCGACGGCCGCCUCGUCAUCGACUUCCUCUGUGAAAGAUUGAACAUAACCUAUUUGAGUCCAUAUCUGAAGGCAUUUGGUUCCAAUUACAGUAAUGGUGUAAAUUUCGCUAUUGCCGGUUCAACGACAUUACCGCGGGACGUUCUAUUUGCAUUACACGUACAGGUGCAGGAGUUCAUGUUCUUCAAAGCCAGAUCCUUGGAACUCAUCAGUCAAGGUCAGCAAGCUCCAAUUGAUGCAGAAGGGUUCGAAAAUGCUUUAUAUACCAUAGAUAUAGGACAGAAUGAUGUUAACGCUCUUCUGUCCAACUUGCCAUAUGAUCAAGUAGUUGCAAAAUUCCCUCCAAUACUCGCUGAGAUUAAGGAUGCUGUUCAGACUCUGUAUUUCAACGGGAGCCGGAACUUCUGGAUACACGGUACAGGGGCUCUUGGUUGCUUGCCUCAGAAGCUCGCCAUUCCGCGUAAAAACGACAGUGAUCUUGACCAGAAUGGUUGUCUCAACACCUACAACAGAGCUGCAGUUGCAUUCAACGCAGUGCUGGGCAGCCUAUGCGAUCAACUGAAUGUGCAGAUGAAAGACGCCACCAUUGUGUACACCGAUCUCUUCGCUAUCAAGUAUGACCUUGUGGCCAACCACACGAAAUACGGUUUCGACAGCCCACUUAUGACAUGCUGUGGGUACGGAGGGCCCCCGUACAACUAUGAUCUGAGCAGGAGCUGUCAGUCUCCAAAUGCGACGGUCUGUGCUGACGGCUCGAAGUUCAUCAGCUGGGACGGCGUGCACCUCACCGAGGCUGCCAAUGCCAUUGUGGCUGCAGGCAUACUGAGCUCUGCAUACUCCAAACCUAACCUCAAGUUCGAUCAAUUCUGCAAAGUCUAAUAGUUCUUCAUACUACCUUCUAGUUCAGAAAGAUAGGAGAGGGGAUAUGAAUAUAUGACAUUUUCAAGGUCCACCGACAGGUAGACAAGCGAGAACUUCAAGGGAAUUGAAUUGAGCAAUGUAUCAGGCGGAAAUUUCCGUUUGGAUGAAAUUUGAAAACUCCCUUGGUUAAGCGCCAAAUCGUUAACAUCUUUUUUCAAAAAACCUGAGGGGGGUAGCUA